UUGAAAAUUAUCCAUUCUAAAUGUUUUAGAAUUUGUGUUUGGACCACUUUGUGUUAGUAUACACUAUAAGUUUUGUAUGUUUGAAAUGUACUUAUCGCUUGGUACUUCCCAUGUCGACAAAUUGUUGAAGUAGAGAUUUUUCCAUCUCUAGACUCAACUACUUCGCUCUAGCCUAUGAUGAAAACAUAAAAUUUGUUGUAUAGAGGAAAAUAAAAGUCGUCGAAUUUUUGUUGCAAACAAAUACUCGGGGCAAUUAUUAAAAUAUUAUGUCAUUGCCAAUGGUAUGAAAUAAAGCUGAAAUUGCAUGUUAAUCGCAGUGUUUUACAAUUGUUUAUAUCGGCAAAUUGGUCUAACCACUGAAGGAAGACCAGUCUUUAGUGGCAAUCAGCAGAUGUGUUGCAGUGUUUGAAAGUAUUUAAUAGAAAAUGCGUUUUGUGAAAGAUCCCUGCGGAGUAGUUUGCCUAAUAAUCACGUAUCUGAUGGUUAUAUACGCUGAUUAUGUUGUUAUGAGAUGGAUAAUUCUGCAAACGAUGCAGACCAGCAUAUGGGCGCCCAUACAUGUAAUAUUAUUCAAUACAGUUGUAUUUCUGCUUGCAUUGUCGCACUUAAAAGCAGUAUUUUCGGAUCCGGGAACAGUUCCACUACCAGCUAAUCGCUUGGAUUUCUCUGAUUUGCAUACUGUUGGGAAAAACAAUGGCAACAGCAAUAAUGAGUGGAAUUGGACUGUUUGCACAAGAUGUGAGACAUAUAGACCUCCGCGCGCACACCACUGUCGUAUAUGUAAACGAUGUAUAAGAAGGAUGGACCACCACUGUCCAUGGAUCAACAAUUGUGUUGGAGAGAGGAAUCAAAAAUUUUUCCUCCAAUUCUUGGUUUACGUUGGAAUGCUAGCGCUAUAUUCCGUUGCUUUGGUUGUUGGAUCAUGGAUAUAUCCCUGUGAGGAGUGCGAAUCGGAUGAAACGCUGGAAUCUCAAACAAGAUUGUUACACAGUGUAAUUCUAUUGUUGGAGUCUGCACUUUUUGGUCUAUUCGUGCUGGCUAUAAUGGUAGAUCAAAUGCACGCUAUCCUACACGAUGAAACGGCCGUGGAGCAGGCGCAGCAAAAGGGUUCAUAUCGCCCAAAUCGACGUAAGCUAUAUCUACUGGCAGAUGUUUUUGGCAGAGGCCAUCCGGCAUGUUGGCUAUGUCCUUGUUCCAGUUUUAAUUCCUCCUCAUCCUCCCUGAGGUACUAUGACACCCCAUUGCUGAGUCACGAUGUCUAAGUUGAACAGAUCUCAAUAUCAGCGUAGGAUCCACAAGUAUAUACAUAUAUAUUAAUCAAAAAUUCCCUUAGAAAAGGGAAACGUGAUAUAUGGUGUAGAAGUCCUUCUCUAAAUAAAUUGUCGAAAUCCUUAAAAAGAUUACACUACGCGCGUGGGUGAUAAUUGCCUAGGAAGCUAUCCACUUUUUAUCAAACCACUCUAUUAGCGUACUGACUGUUCCUCUUUUUACGGUUAAAAGCACUUAACAUUAUUGUAUCAAGAGUCCAUAGGUUUUAAUUAAGUUAUAUUUAUUUGUAUUUACUAUCAUAAAUAAUUUUUAGUUUUUGUAUUCAUAUGUACGUAUCACACACACCUCCCUAUGAUGUAUGUAUGUAUGUAUGUAUAUGAUAUAAUAAAUGUAGACACUUCGGCUUGGAAUAAUUCGAAGAAAAUCAACUGUAAAAAUAAUUUUAAUGUCAUGUAUAAACUAAAGUGGGAGAGAAAGAUAACGUGCACAUUUACAUAUGUGUAGAAGGAAACCAAAGCAAUACCUAAUGUUUUAAGAUUUGUACAUUUAAAUGAAAUAUGCUGAAAUCCAUAAAGAUGUA